GAUAUAAAUGCUCUCUCGGACUCUUGCAAAUUCAGUUCAGUCCCGGUACCCAAACAUUCAACAAGAAAUUUUAAAAACAAACGACAAUGAGGACGUUAGUCGCCCUAGCUGUGCUGGGAUGUGCUCUGGCCGCCUGUUCGGGUCGUGAGAUUGACGAACCCGAUCUCGUGGCGGCGGCCAGUCAUCACAAGGGGCAUCACCACGAGGAGGGAGGCGGUAAAUCGCAUCACGCCCAUCAUCAUCACGAACACGGGGAGAAGGGCCAUAAAGGACACAAGGGACACCACCAUCACCACAAAGGCGAGCAUGGUGAUCAUCAUAAGCACCACCAUGAGGGACAUCAUCACGAGCACGGCGGCGGUCACAAGAAGCAUUGGGACGAACACGACCACCACGGUAAGCAUCAUGAGCACGGACACCACCACAAAGGAGGAAAGCACGGCCACAAAAAACACCACGACAAGGGAGAGGAAGUUGAAGGUUAUCACAAGAAGUACCACAAAGACGAAUACCACAAGGACCAUCAUUUCUACGACGAUCAUCAUAAGGAAGGCAAGCACCAUAAACACGGCAAGCACCACGGGCACCAUGAAAAGAAAGGAGCCGGUCACAAGAAGGGCGGCCACCAUCACUCUGGUCAUCAUGAGCAUCACCACGGCAAGAAGGGUCACCAUGAUAAGCAUCAUUACGACGAGGACCACAAGGGCCACAAGGGACACCAUGGCCACGAGGAGCAUCACCAUCACCACCACGACCAUGGCAAGAAGGGCGGUCACGAAGGGCACAAGCACUGGGGAUUCCAUCAUGGCAAGCACUGA